AAGUGACUCUAAAGCGCCCGGACGCCGCGCCGGGAGCCAAUCAGGGAGCGUGACAUCAGUUUGGCGCGGAGUUUGGCGGCCGGGGCUUACAGUGGCGGGAGUUGGAGGCAAUAACGAGUCGUGGUGUAAGGGGUGGAAGUUACGAUUUCUGCGGGUCUUGGGGGCAUUUCCACGGCUUUUUUUUCUCCGCUGAGCUUUUUCCUCUGGCCCAGAUGCUCUUCAGUUCGGUGCUCCGCCAGCCCCGGCUCGGCGUCCCGAGGAGUGGAUGGUCUUCGCAGUACCCUCUACAGUCCCUUCUAACUGGUUAUCAGUGCAGCAAUAAUGAUGAGCACACUUCUUAUGGAGAAACAGGAGUCCCAGUUCCUCCUUUUGGAUGCACCUUCUCUUCUGCUCCCAAUAUGGAACAUAUACUAGCAGUUGCUAACGAAGAAGGCUUUGUUAGAUUAUAUAACACAGAAUCACAAACUUACAGAAAGAAGUGCUUCAAAGAAUGGAUGGCUCACUGUAAUGCUGUCUUUGACCUGGCCUGGGUCCCUGGUGAACUUAAACUUGUUACAGCAGCAGGUGAUCAAACAGCCAAAUUUUGGGAUGUAAAAGCUGGUGAGCUGAUUGGAACGUGCAAAGGUCAUCAAUGCAGCCUCAAGUCGGUUGCCUUUUCUAAGUUUGAGAAAGCUGUGUUCUGUACAGGUGGAAGAGAUGGUAACAUUAUGGUCUGGGACACCAGGUGCAACAAAAAAGAUGGAUUUUACAGGCAAGUGAAUCAAAUCAGUGGAGCUCAUAAUACCUCAGACAAGCAAACCCCUUCAAAACCCAAGAAGAAACAGAAUUCGAAAGGACUUGCUCCUUCUGUGGAUUUCCAGCAGAGUGUUACUGUGGUCCUCUUUCAAGAUGAGAAUACAUUAGUCUCAGCAGGAGCUGUGGAUGGUAUAAUUAAAAUAUGGGAUCUGCGUAAGAAUUAUACUGCUUAUCGACAAGAACCCAUAGCAGCCAAGUCUUUCCUGUACCCAGGUAGCAGCACUCGAAAACUAGGAUACUCAAGUCUGAUUUUGGAUUCCACUGGCUCUACUUUAUUUGCCAAUUGCACAGAUGACAACAUCUACAUGUUCAAUAUGACUGGACUGAAGACUUCUCCAGUGGCUAUCUUCAAUGGACACCAGAACUCCACCUUUUACAUAAAAUCCAGUCUUAGUCCAGAUGACCAGUUUUUAAUCAGUGGCUCAAGUGACGAAGCUGCCUACAUCUGGAAGGUCUCCACACCCUGGCAUCCUCCUACUAUGCUACUGGGUCAUUCUCAAGAGGUCACGUCUGUAUGCUGGUGUCCAUCCGACUUCACAAAGAUUGCUACCUGUUCUGAUGACAAUACACUAAAAAUAUGGCGCUUGAAUAGAGGCAUCGAGGAAAAACCAGGAGAUAAACUUUCCACAGUGGGUUGGGCCUCUCAGAAGAAAAAAGAGGCGAGAGCCGGCCUAGUAACAGUAACGAGUAGCCAGAGUACUCCUGCCAAAGCCCCCAGGGUAAAGAGCAGUCCAUCCAUUUCUUCCCCGUCAUCCGCAGCUUGCACUCCAAGCUGUGCUGGAGACCUCCCUCUUCCUUCAAAUACUCCCACAUUCUCUAUUAAAACCCCUCCUGCCAAGGCCCGAUCUCCCAUCAGCAGAAGAGGCUCUGUCUCCUCUGUCUCUCCCAAGCCACCCUCAUCUUUCAAGAUGUCAAUUAAAAACUGGGUGACCCGAACACCGUCCUCAUCACCACCCAUCACUCCACCUGCUUCUGAGACCAAGAUCACGUCUCCAAGAAAAGCCCUUAUUCCUGUGAGCCAGAAGUCAUCCCAAGCAGAGGCUUGCUCUGAGUCUAGAAAUAGAGUAAAGAGGAGGCUAGACUCAAGCUGUCUGGAGAGUGUGAAACAAAAGUGUGUGAAGAGUUGCAACUGUGUGACUGAGCUUGAUGGCCAAGUUGAAAAUCUUCAUUUGGAUCUGUGCUGCCUUGCUGGUAACCAGGAAGAGCUUAGUAAGGACUCUCUGGGUCCUACCAAAUCAAGUAAGAUUGAAGGAGCUAGUACAAGUAUCUCAGAGCCUCCUUCUCCUAUCAGUCCCUAUACUUCAGAAAGCUGUGGAACUCUACCUCUUCCUCUGAGACCUUGCGGAGAAGGGUCCGAAGUGGUAGGUAAAGAGAAUAGCUCCCCAGAAAAUAAAAACUGGUUGUUGGCCAUGGCAGCCAAACGGAAGGCUGAAAAUUCAUCUCCACGAAGUCCAUCCUCCCAGACACCCAAUUCCAGGAGACAGAGUGGAAAGUCGUCACCAGGCCCGGUCACCAUUACUCCCAGCUCCAUGAGGAAAAUCUGUACCUACUUCCAUAGAAAGUCCCAAGAUGACUUCUGUAGUCCUGAACACUCAACGGAAUUAUAGAUUCUAAUCUGAGUGUGAGUUAACUGAACUUUGGUCCACUUAAACAAGAUGAAGAAUACAACAGAAUGACUCUAUAAGUCUGGUCUUUAAGAAACCUGCCAUCUUUUCAUUUUUAAAGAAAAUCCUUUCAACUCUGAAAUGUACCUAGUCUGGUGCUACUACCGUAGUGUAUACACAGCUUCCUAAGGAUGAAUGCUGUUUAAAUUUCAUAAAGUAAAUUUGUCACUCUGUAGCAUUUUGAAUAAAUAGCCUUCACUUUUUAAAUUAUGCAUCUUCUGUACAAUAAUGACAUCCCAGCUCAUGGAGGCAAAAAAUAAGACAUAAUCUCUUGUUAUCCUGAAUCUUUCUAUGCUCAGUGGAAAGUAUCUGCCAGCCAAAGCGGGAAGCCUAUCCAUGAAGGCUGACGGCUGAAGAAAUCCACUGCUGAAGACUCCUGGUUCUGUUCUGCCUCAAACAAGUAUAAGUUCAUUUGAAAUACAUAAUCUUUUCACUACAUUUUUGUGGGUUUUUUUUAAAUAUGUGUAAAAAUGUGAUGUUCAGAUAAGUACAUUUAUAUCAGUUCAGUGUUAAAAUACAGUGUGAGUUAAAGUCAUCUUUAUUUUAAAUGCAGCGAUAAAUGUCAACUCUUUGGAGAAACUAGGAGAACAACAAAAGAAAGCUGUAUUUGUCUUUUUCCCCUCACAUAUAUCUCCCAUAUAAGCUUUAAGGUCCCCAUAUUUUCACCAAGCAAUCCACUGCGUUGCCAGUCCAACAUCACUUUCUAUAGGAGGUUAUGAUUUUUGCCAUUUACUAGAAGAUGUUUUAUAAAAUCAAUAGUCAUACACUGAAACUGGGGUUUGAAUUCAGGUGCAGUCCUCAGUUCUCUAGGUGCUGUAACAUUUUUAAAAAUUAGUCAUCAGAUUUUAAGAAAAGGGUAAUGACUUCUUACUGAUAUUUUUAUAAAAGAAGAUAGCUCUGAACUGAAAGUCCAGAACCUGAAAAAUAAAUCUUGGCCUUCUCUUCAUAUACAUCAAGAGCAAUAGCCUUCUAGUACAGCCCUGAGCCAAAAAGUAAUGGAAUUUUCUCUAGCUAUUUAAUACAAAAAGUGUAUAGCCUGAGUCUAAAUUAAUAACGUGCCAAAUAUCUUAAACAUCCCUCCCCUUAAUUGAUGUAUUAGUGAUCUUGAAAUGAACCAUUGUUUUGUGUUCUUCACCUCUGUAACCUCAUGGAAAGCAGCUUUAUGUGCUUUCUAUGUCCUAUGUACUUGGAAGAGAGUCCCCGUGCAGCAGUCACGAAACUUGAUUUGUUCUAUCAUAUCCCCGGGACUGUGAAGACUAUUUCUAUUUUUGUCACGAUUUUAAAAUGUAUUCUUAAUGAAAACUCUUUAAUUCCUUUGAUCUUAUGAGUUAAGCUGUAACAACCAAAACUGCAUAGGUCAAGUAAGCUUAGGUUCUCUGUGGUUUUUACCCAGGGAGAAAAAUAAAUAAAGGAAAGCCAUACAUUUGCUGUGGUCAAAACCAAGCACACCAUAGCCUUAACUGAAUAUUUAAGAAAUCUACUUAUAUUUGGUGUUUGCUGAGUGUUGGACCGUGGGGAGGUGUUAUGACCAAUACCUGCAAAUAAUGCCAUCUCUCUCGCUUUAAAAAUCAGUAUGGAAAAAAAAUCCAUGAAAAGGAUCAAUAAAGUAGAUGAUCUUGUUUGUAUCCUUGCACAUCUGGCAGCACUACUGAGUGAAGCUGGGGUAAAUGAGGUUGUCAGAAACUGCCGAGCAUCUACUGGCUGUAACAUGUCUUCCGUACCUUAAAUGGGUGCCAAAGGUCAAAUGUAAUGAGAUUUAAUUAUCCCUGCCUGUGUUGGUGUCAGACUCUAAGCUGAUCCUGAAUAAUAAAGCCUUUUACUUUAUCUGA